AUGUUCUUUGAUCUACCCUACGCCAAUAUAAAUUUUUAUCGUAGUCGGUCCUAUGUUCGUAAAAUGAACACUAUUGAUGUUAAUAAUUAUCAACUUUUGGUCCAGGCAUUGGAAGGAUCAUUAUCACCAGAUGAUGCUCAUAGAAAGAGGUGUGAAGAGUAUUUAAUAAACUUUUCGCUCAAGGAGGGGUCAAUACCUUCUUUCAUGAGGAUUAUGUCCAACUUUCAAUUCGAAGAUGCAGUUAGACUGGCUUCGUCGAUUAGACUAAAGAAUCACAUUAUAUCGCACUGGAUUGACAGCACUCCCGACUACUCAAUUGAAAAUCCUAUUAUCUCACACACGGACCGAGCGUUCCUGCUGGACAAUCUCUACCUGUGCCUGGUCUCCUCGAAUCAGAGAACAAUUCGUAACCAAUGCUACCAAAUCCUGAGGCACAUAAUGUUUAACCUUGAAAUUAAGGAUGUGAAGACGAUGCUGACGUCAAUUUCAGCAGACUUGGGGCAGAGAGAAAACUCAGACCGAAUUUCGUGCGCACUUUCGAGUUUGCGCAAGGUGGUGACUAAGUACGAGUACCACGGAAGCAGCCUGACGAAUGAACUGAAUGAUAUCAUUUCGGCAUAUUUCGGCCCGCUACUAUCGGUUGCACUGGACGCCUCAAAAAUAGGCCUAGGAAACGACGAGGCUGCCACGUUAAUUCACCUGGUCCUGAAGAUAUAUUUCUCCUUGGCACUGCUAACGUCGCCAUCCACGGACCUUUUGAAGGAGUCGAUACACCACUGGAUGAACUUGGUUCUAUUUGUACUCGACGAGUUCGUAAAAUGGCAACAGUCAUGGCCUCAGAGAGCGGAUGUACAGGUUAGCAUCUUUGCGGAAUUGAAAAAUGAUGAUGAAGACCAUUUAUGUAAAUUAGAGCAAUUUAAGUGUUUUAAGUGGUCAUUGAGGAUACUAAAUAAGUUUAUCUCAAGGCAUAGUUCAUACAAGGAUAAUCCAACCAAGUUUAUGUUCUUUUCAUCUUUCAUAUCGGACAAGUAUUCACGUAAGCCCUGGAUAGAACUACAUUAUCUAAGUAUCUGUGAUUAUAAUGGAUGGCAAAAGUGUAAGCGGAAUUCAUUGAUAAAUUCAGAUCAAUUUGUGGUCUCAAUGAUCAAUUUACUUAAGCUAGAGUCGGAAAAUAAGUUGUUGUUCAAUAAUUUGUCACACCACCUGAUAUGGUCGUAUCUUAGAAAUUGCUUAUCAGUGGAAAGCCACUUUAACAACUGCCUGAAGGAUCAUUUGAGUGAGUUGCUGGGAGUGUAUUGCCUAAACACGUUCAAAUACACAAAGGAGGACCUCGAACAGUACCAAGAGGAGCCUGAACAAUUCAUAAAGCUGCAGUCAGAGCUGUCCUUUCAAUUCUGCAGUAACCGAGGAACGUGCUCAGAUUUUUUGAAGGACCUGGUAAAAACGUACCCAUCAGAAACGAUAAAACAAAUUAAGCGUAUUUUACAACUGGGCUUCGAAAGCACAGAUAACACAGUGCUCUACUCAGCAAUGUCGAUAGUGGGAUACGUGGCUGAAAAGCUGAUAAGGAGGAACAGAACACAUCAACCUGCAGCGAACCACAAGGAAAAAGCGAGGAAAAAGUUCGGGCUAGAACUGCAGCAAGUCGAUGGAGAGGAGCUGCUUGAAGUGAAGGUGUUGGGACUGCUUAACUCGCCGGACAUCUGGAUAAGGAUGAGGGCCGCGUGGCUCUCAGGGAGAAUCGUGAAGCGAGUGCACAAUAUCAGGAACUUUGAGACGCUGAGGAAGCUUUACGUCCGCCUGCUGGACAUGAUGGUGGACGGGGAGAUCCUGGUGGCAGUCUUCGCGUCAAACGCACUCAUCGAGCUCUUCAGAAUCGAAAACAAAAACCUUAACCCGUUAAUCUUAGGCUCAUUGUCAUCGCUGCUGGAAAGACUCUUCAUGCUGAUGAACAGAAUAUACCUGGAGAGCGUGACCUCAGUGCUGGCAGAGAUAGUGGAAACAUACCCGCAGGAGGUGGUGCCCUACGCGAAGGACAUCAUUCUGAACAUGUCAAACAACCUGACGAAGAGCCUUAUGGCUUCGAAAGAAGGAGUGGCGGAAGCAGCAGACGACGAAAAGAUACUCGUCCGCUGGACCAUGAUGCAGACGCUCAACACAGUGCUGAGGCUGCUCACUCACUCAACCCAGGACACGAACAAGGAGGGGAACCAGGCGCCGAAGGAACCCGCAGAGGAGAAGCUGCUGCUGGAGCUGAGCAGCUACGGAGUGAUCAUCACGACCAUCGUGAACCUGCUGAAGCUCCUCUUCGGAACAGAGGACGAAAUGUGCGUCGAGUACCUGGACGAGGGGGCGCUGCUGCUGGCGAACCUGGUGAGGCUCCUGGACGUGAAACCGGUGAAGAACCUUAUCGCGGCCAAGGCGGCCACAGCCUUCGCAGACUUCUGGAUGCUCCUGGUCAUGCUACUCGACCUCAUGAGGAAGUUGAGCUUCGAGAUGGUGUCGGACUUCGGGAUGAUCCGGGAGCCCCUGGUGGCGCUGGCGCACAGAGACCCCCAGGGCUUCGCAAAGAUCCUCGACCAAUUAUACCGGAUCUGCCUCGAGGCGAGGAACAGCGGCCUGGGCGACGAGGUGGACGACGUCAUCGCAGACUGUCUGGAGGUGAGUCUGGAAUCGGGAGCGGUGCACGCGAUCUUUGCCACGAUCCUGGACGACGCCUCGACCCGAGUGGCCGCCUUGGUCUCGAACUGCCCUAAGACGAGCAUGCAGGAUCUGGCCUCGGACAACGUGCACCUCAUGCGCCUGUCCAGCCUCGUCAUCAUGUACUACUAUCGGAACCUGCACGCCUCCUUCGCAGAGCAGGCCGCGGCGGCGAACCAGGCAGUCGCGAACCACCUGAAGGUACUCUCGAGCUUCGUCGUCAAGUACUCGGUGUACUGCACCUGGAAGUCGAUCAGGAAGUACUCAAUCCUGGCCUGCUGCACGCUGCUUAAGAAUAACGCGACGAAGCUGGACGACACGGCCAACGCCCUCAUUACGCUAAUGCAGGCUCCCAAGGACGACCUUUCUGACGACAAAUACUCGGGUUCUGAGUGCGAUUACGACGACGAAGAUGAUGACGACUAUGACUACGACGACAACGACUCCGAGUGGUCGGAAUACGAGAUCACCGAGUCGCCCCUGAACCACGUUUGCGAGAUGAAGGUGGCGAAGCAGUUGUUGAUGGACCUGAGGGACUCUUUGAACCAAAACACCCGCAACAACAUGGUCUUUGUCUUGAAUUCGACUUAA